AUGUCAUUGGCCGGAAUAGGAAGCUUGCGGUGUCUCCGCGCCCCGUCACUCAGAGCUCGGCAGCUCUCUUUGAGCUCAAGAGCAUUGCGACAGGGAUUCGCCUAUCGUUUUUACUCUGAAGCUACCACGACGGAGCCUCAAGAGUCAACAUCAACAGUGACUAUCCGCGGAGCCACCCAUCCCACACAGAAGCCUUGGUUCAACGUGCCGCGAAACAUUGUCUCCAAAACAUCAAGGCGUCUUCAUCUCCAGAAUGACCACCCAAUCGCCAUCACGCGGCAGAUCAUCCAGGCCAACUUCCCGCAGCCGACGUACAAGUACUACAACGAGUACAGUCCCGUGGUGACGACGAAGCAGAACUUUGACUCGCUGGGCUUCCCGGCGGAUCACCCUGGACGGGCUCUCACAGACACGUACUAUCUCAACGAGAAGCUGCUGCUGAGAACUCACACCAGCGCGCACCAGGCGGAUACUUUUAGGGCGAAUGAGAGUGACGGCUAUCUCAUCUCGGCGGACGUGUAUCGGCGAGACGCCAUUGACCGAAGCCACUACCCAAUCUUCCACCAGAUGGAGGGCGCAAGAUCAUGGGAUCGAAACAAGGUUCCCAACGGCGACAUUGUGGCGGCCGUCAUGGAGGAUAUCGAACGUCUGCCCAAGCACGAUGUCGUGGUGGAGGAUCCAAAUCCACCCAUGCAUCCUGAGCGAAAUCCGCUGCAGGAGGCUCAUCACUCGGCGGCGGAGGCUGAGGCUCUGGGCAAGCAUCUCAAGAGGUCACUUGAAAACAUGGUGGUAGAUAUCUUCACCAGAGCAAAGGCGGCGGCGAUCAAGGACGACCCGGAUUUUGUGGAUGAGCCCCUGAGGAUGCGGUGGGUGGAGGCAUACUUUCCAUUUACUAGCCCGUCGUGGGAGUUGGAGGUGUACUACGCGGGCGACUGGCUCGAGGUGCUGGGCUGUGGUGUGGUCAAGCAGGAGCUCUACAUCAAUGCCAACGUGCCAUCACAGGUGGGCUGGGCCUUUGGCAUUGGCAUUGACCGCAUCGCUAUGCUACUGUUCAAGAUUCCAGACAUCCGGCUCUUUUGGUCCGAGGACGAGAGAUUCCUGUCACAGUUUACGGGCGUAUCAGCCAGUCUAGACACGCUAAAGCGCUUCGUACCCUUCUCCAAGCACCCGCCCAGCCCCAGAGACGUGUCAUUCUGGAUCCGCUCGACGUCGUCUGCGGCCGGUGGGAACGACAAGGCCGUCUUUCACGAAAACGACGUGAUGGAGCUGGUCCGCAGCAUCGGUGGCGAUGAAGUCGAGAGCGUGAGCCUCAUUGACGAGUUUGUCCACCCCAAGACGGGGCGCAAGAGCUUGGCGUAUCGCAUAGUCUACCGACAUCUGGAGCGCACGCUGACGGGCAAGGAGACGAAUGCCCUUCACGAGAGGGUGAGGAAUGCCCUUGUGGAGAGGCUCGGUGUUGAACUACGGUGAGCGGAUGACGACCGAAGACGGCAAUAGCCUUGAAGGAGCAUAUAGAUUCCAUUGAUCAUUGACCAUGGGGCUGGGGCUGAGCGAGGCUUGGCUGGCGCUAUUACGUGUGAAAGAGGGGGGAGAAGAGGCGAGGAGACUCUGCCCCAUGAAGCUCCAAGGGAUGCAGCGUUUAGCAGUGAGGCUGGGGAGUGUUGCUAGAUGAGUGGGAACCCGGCCGGGCUGA